GGCUGUCAAAGUGGAGUAUCUUAAUUGCCAUUGAAUCCAAUUGAAACUCAACAUAGGAAGAUGGCAACAAAUGCUACAGGACCAGCUGGUGAUGGAGAACCCAUAACUUUUUCAUCUGCUUUGGCAUCUUGCCAUGGUGCAUUGGAUGGUCAAAGUUGGAUGAGGUCUUCGUUGGAGAAAGAUUGCUCCGGAGUUGCAGGUGAUUUGGAUUUUCUCUGGCAGUCUCCCAAUGGGUGUGAACCUAUGCCAAUUCUGUUUUAAUUAAUAUGAGAUUCCAGUGUGGUGGUAGUCAAAGAAUUAAUUUGGGCUCAGAAGAUAGGUGGAAAAUGUACGUGCCUAUAUCAAAAAUUUGGCAGUGGUGACUAAAGCUUUUGUCUCAUCACCUCACUUUUCCUGCCCUCCCAUUUUGGGAAGGUGAAACAGAGCUGAAGAGGAUUUUAGCUUAAUCGGAGAACCAAAUGAAAAAUCUAGCACUCGAGACAUUGGUGGAUAUAUGAUACUCCCUGGAAGACUCUGGGUUUUCAGAAUAAAAAUAGAGUUGCCAUCUUGGCAGAACUAGACAAAGAGAAAAGAAAAUUACUUAUGCAAAACCAGUCUUCAACAAAUCAUCCUGGAGCCAGCAUUGCGCUCUCCACCAGACCCUCCCUUAAUAAGGAUUUUCGUGAUCAUGCGGAGCAGCAGCAUAUUGCAGCUCAGCAAAAGGCUGCAUUACAGCAUGCACAUGCGCAUUCAUCAGGAUACUUCAUAACUCAAGACUCUGCAUUUGGAAAUCUCAUUCUCCCUGUUUUGCCACGACUUGACCCAGAAUGAUGGAUAUGUUCCAAGUAAAGGAAACUGACUGACUUUGUCCAAGCAAUUACUGAAGUGCCAACUUCAUAAUCAGACUAUAGUUAUGCAAACUUCUAGGAAACAUCUCCCAAGUGUUUUGUGAGCAUUUGAAACUCUCGCCUUGUUUUAAAAAGCCACCCCGUGUUGGGUUGAAUUGUAGGUGAAAGUGACCCAGCUGGUGCAUGGUGUACAAACCCUAUGAAGACUUCUGUACAGCACUUCUUUUGCUGUAGCAACGAUAUUAAGGAAGCAUGUCACUUCUCAAUCUGAACAUAGGAAAUGUAUCCAUUGCUCUUGCUAUUUAUAUGACUGUUAUCAAGUGCACUCAAGGAUUUCAUGUUUAAUCAUGUUCACAGGAAAUAAGUGUAAAAUUAAGUGACUCCAUUUCUGAUUCCCCUGACCCCCAAUUUUGUUUUUGGGGGUGGUGUGGGGGAAAUGAGGUCAGCUAAAUCCCAAACUAUUCUUGUACACUUUUUUAAGUAUAAUAUCAACUUAAUUCGAAUGAAUCAGCAUAAAUGAGAACAAUAAAAUAACUGAUACCAAA